UGAUUUCAUUGGCAAUCGCGUCUAGUUCGUUUCCAUCCACCGAAAAUGGCCGCGUUAACCACCUACAGUUUGAAUAUAGAUUAUGCGAGAGAAGCAGACGCAUGCAAAGAAUUUCUCCAGAGCUAUAUUGAAAAAUCAAACUAUGGCUCUGAAAUGGAUGUCGACGCCAAAAAGCCAAAGUAUAUGCAAAUACUGCAAAAAGUCGUGGACAGAGAAGAGAACAAGAUCACGAUUGAUUUGGAGGACCUCGCUAAAUUUGAAGACUCAGAAGCACGUACUGUUGCUCAUAUCAACCGCAACACCAAACGCUACACCGAAAUCUUCGCAAAAGCCAUCGACCAACUUUCGACUGAACUCAUCCCAAAGAGUGCUGAAUUGAGCUACAAGGAUAGUGUUUUGGAUGUCAUCAUCAACCAACGCAAAAUCCGUGAUGAAAAUCGAGAAGCCGAUGUUCAUAAUAUGUUCCCUCCUGCCUUGACUCGACGAUAUGAGGUGUACUUCAAGCCUAUGCACAACCAGCAUGCUCAAGCUGUUCGUCAGAUCAACGGUUCUCAAUUGGGUCAUCUCGUCACUGUUCGUGGUAUUGUUACUCGAGUGUCUGAUGUCCGACCUUGCUUACAAGUCAAUGCCUACAGUUGCGAUACCUGUGGUCAUGAAGUUUUCCAGGAAGUGACUCAACGCCAAUUUACCCCACUUGCUGAAUGCCAGUCCGAAGUCUGCAAAACACACAAGUCAAGAGGCAAGCUCUUCAUGCAGACCAGAGCUUCUAAAUUCCUUGCUUUCCAAGAGGUCAAGCUUCAGGAAUUGACCGAUCAAGUUCCUGUUGGACAUAUCCCCAGAACCAUGUCUAUUCAUUUGUACGGCGAACUUUGUAGAUCGUUGAACCCUGGUGAUGUUUGCAACAUUGCCGGCAUUUUCUUACCCUUGCCAUAUACCGGAUUCCGAGCCAUGCGCGCAGGACUGCUGACGGAUACUUACCUUGAGGCCCAAAAUAUUCAUCGCUUGAAGAAGCAAUAUGAUCAAAUGGAAAUGACCCCCGACAUUGCAGAGAAGAUUGCUGAACUUGAACGCGACCCUGAGAUUUAUAACAAGCUCGCCCGCAGUAUCGCUCCUGAAAUUUAUGGACAUGAAGAUGUGAAGAAGGCUUUGUUACUACUUCUCGUUGGUGGUGUGACCAAGAAUGUUGUUGACGGUAUGAAAAUCCGUGGUGAUAUCAAUAUCUGUUUGAUGGGUGAUCCUGGUGUUGCCAAAUCCCAGUUGCUCAAGUUCAUUGCAAAGGUUGCCCCUCGUGGUGUUUACACUACUGGUCGUGGCAGUUCCGGCGUUGGUUUGACGGCUGCUGUAAUGCGUGACCCAAUCACAGACGAAAUGGUGCUUGAGGGAGGAGCUUUGGUACUUGCCGACAAUGGUAUAUGCUGUAUUGAUGAGUUCGAUAAAAUGGACGAAUCGGAUCGUACCGCCAUCCACGAAGUCAUGGAACAACAAACCAUUAGUAUAUCCAAGGCUGGUAUUACCACCACUCUGAACGCGCGUACCUCCAUUUUAUCAGCUGCCAAUCCUUUAUACGGUCGCUACAAUGCUCGUAUCUCACCUGUUCAAAACAUCAAUUUGCCAGCUGCGCUUUUGUCCCGUUUCGAUAUUCUGUUCUUGAUUUUGGAUCGUCCCUCUGAAGAUAUGGAUCGCAGACUGGCCGAGCACGUCACCUAUGUGCACACUCACAACAUGCAUCCCAGACAAGAACAAGAAUAUCUUGAGCCCCAUAUGAUCCGACACUACGUUGCCCAUGCCAGAAACAAGCGACCUAUCUUGACAGCAUCGGUUUCAGAGUACAUUACCAGUAUCUAUGUUCAGAUGCGCAAGCAACAAAAGGCCGAUGAAGACAAGGAUCAGCAGUUUACCUACUCUUCUGCUAGAACUCUUCUUGGUAUUGUGCGUAUGGCUCAGGCUUUAGCACGAAUUCGUCUUUCAGAUAUAGUUGAGACUGGUGAUGUAGAUGAAGCUAUCCGUAUCCUUGACGUUUCAAAAGCCUCCUUGUAUGAGGACGAUGACGUUGAAGAUAGAGCUCAUGACCGAACCUUCCUCACUGGUGUCCACAACGUUGUCCGUAGCAUGCGUGAACAAAUGGGAACAAAUGAACUCAACAUGUCGACCGUGCAACAAAGAGUUCGUUCAAGAGGCUACACUGAUCAGCAAUUCGAAGACGCUAUCCGAGAAUAUAGCCAGCUUGAUAUUUGGCAAGUUAACGCCAACCGAACAAAGCUUACUAUCAUUCAGUAAAAGCUGUUCGGCAUUGCCAUCUCUUGUUUUUUCUCUUUUCUUUUUUUAUCAUUACUUUUCUCCCCUUUCACCCUUUUCUUCAUCUGUUUUAUGUAGAUACUAUUGCAUGCUUACUUCUUCUUCCCUGCUUCACAUUAACGCCACAACACC